UAUAAUAUACAUACAUACAUUAUACGUAAUUUCUUCCGUAACUUUAGUUUUAAUCUUCAUCGACCCAUAUGAUUAUGUAAUCCCUGUCGUCAUCGUUCUUUAAAACGAUGAGUUUUACGUUAAUUUCUACCGACGAGACCAGGUUCCAUUUAUCAAUGCAGAAAGCAUAUGGAGAUAUGGUUAACGCGGAGAGAUUCAAUGGGCGUUGGAUCUGGAUCCACGACAGAUAUAUUGGGCUUAAAAUGGUUGCUUUCUUGAGGUGACGUUCAUGGGCUGAAUUAAAAAAACAACAAAAACAUGAAUAGCUCAUGCGAGGAAGACGAGUAUCGAUUUUUCGAUGCUCCCGAUAGCAUUGUCUCAGUCGACUCGCUGCCUCAUCCUGUUUCUGAACCUGACGAGAUUAGCCAUGGGGGUGAUGAUGACGACGACUCUGUGCCUAAUGAUUUCCAAUAUGAUAUAUGGGCCAAUGCUCCUACAAGUGUUCUCCAACGAAAGCAUACUUUCCUUCGAUUAAUGGGUUUAAGCUCCGAGGAAGACGAUCAUAUUCUAUGUAAUGAUACGGUUGACGACGAUGUGGUGAUACGGGAAAUCGAAGUCGAAAUCGAAAUCGACGAUAGAAUUAUGCAGACCAGUGGAGCUGUGCUGAGAACCCCCGUUGAAGAAGAUGAAGAACAACAAGAAAAAGAAGAAUCCCCGGUUAGUUCCUCUAAUUCAGCCUGGUGCGACGAUGCCACAUGUUCUUCGUCUACAAUUUCCAGAAUUGAAGAUUCUAAUGGCGGUGGGGAGUGCAAGGAAGAAGAAGAAGAAAUUGGAGGGAAGUUAUUGGCGACUACAGAUAUCAUACCAGCUCCGGUCGUUCAGAAUUUGACAGAUAGGCUUAAGGUCGCCGGGACAAUGGUGAAGACGAUGAACAGAGUAAAAGGUCAUUUUUUUGGUAGGUUACGGUCAAUGACGACGCGUAGGUCUGAUAGUUUGGCACUUAUGCUACCACCUCCGCCACCACCGGAGCCCCAGUGGGGGAAAGUUCAGAGAGUCAGAGUUCGUCAAAAUAAGAAGAGAUUAAAGGAACUAUCGGCUGUAUUUAUCGGGCAAGAUAUUCAAGCUCACGAAGGUUCAAUUUUAACCAUGAAAUUUAGUCUUGAUGGGCGUUAUCUUGCUAGUGCUGGAGAAGAUAUGGUGGUCCGUGUUUGGCAUGUUGUUGAAGAUGAAAGAUCCGAUGAAAUUGAUAUUCCAGAUGUCGACUCCUCUUGUUUAUACUUCACUGUGAAUAAUCUUUCAGAAUUGACACCAUUAAUGGCGGACAAAGAGAAAGAGAAGGAGAAACAGAAACUUAGCAGGAUGAAGAGUAUGAGAAAAAGUAAAAACUUAGCCUGUGUCAUCUUUCCUCCUAAAAUUUUCCGGAUACUAGAGAAACCAGUCCAUGAGUUCCAUGGACACACCGGCCAUGUCCUCGAUCUCUCAUGGUCCAACAAUAACUUUCUUCUUUCAUCAUCGGUUGAUGAAACGGUUCGAUUGUGGAGAGUUGGAAGUGAUCAAUGCCUUAGAGUUUUCCCGCAUAGCAACUACGUGACAUGUGUGGAGUUCCAGCCUUCGAAUCAAAAUUAUUUCAUAAGCGGUUCGAUUGAUGGAAAAGUCCGAAUGUGGUCGGUUUCUAAAUGCCAGGUGGUGGAUUGGAUAGAUCUACGUGAAAUAGUCACCGCCGUUGCUUACACUCCAGAUGGAAAGGGUGGUGUCAUCGGAUCCAUGAACGGUUGUUGUAGUUUCUUCAGCUUACCAGAAAAUCAGUUCCAAAUGGAAGAUUCGGUUUACCUAAAUAGUAAAAAGAAGUCACAGAGGAUAAUCGGUUUCCAGUAUUACCCACAAGAUCCAAGUAAACUGAUGGUGAUUUGUGCGGAUUCCCAAGUCAGAAUCCUCAACGGCAUCAACGUGGUUGGGAAAUUUAAAGGUCAAAGGACAUCUACAAAUCCGAUUUGUGCAACCUUCACGUCAGAUGGGAAACACAUAGUUUCAUCAAACGAGGAUUCAAAUGUAUAUGUUUGGAACUGCUAUGAUCAAAAGGGACUUUCGUUUGACCAAAAUAAGACUGUCACAUCCUACGAAUGUUUCUCUGCUAACGCCUCGGUUGCAGUCCCGUGGUCUGGUUUUGCGGGCAGUGGAGGAGAGGUGGAGGAUGGGUGGUGCCGCUCGUUGCCGCCAUGUUACUUCUCCCAGUACUUUACAGAGUCGAUACCAAAAGCUUCUGCGACAUGGCCGGAAGAAAAACUUAUGGCGUCCAGUCCCAGUCAGCCACCUCCAUCUGGCAUGUCAAAGUCACUGUCAAAGUCAUUGUCAAUGUCGAUGUCCAUGUCCAUGUCAACACCGUUACGUAAAUCUGAUAAAAAAUUUGUCCGAUCGUCGUCUUCUUGCUCAUAUAAUUGUCACACGUGGGGUCUUGUGAUCGUGACAGCUGGAUGGGAUGGACGGAUCAGAUCGUUUCUCAACCACGGGCUACCGGCUACUGUUUGAGAUUUUUUUUUACUUAAAAAAAGAAAAAGGAAAAGGUUAAAAAGUCUUGGUGAAAUGAACAUAACAAGACCAUCAGUUUAAUCAUAUGGGGUACAAAGAAAACAGCCAAUCCUGCCUUAUUUGAUUUGGGGGAUUCUCUGAAUCAAGGCUUAUUUGAGAAAAUCAUGUGUGUUCUGGCCCCCGGGUAGAGGUGGAGUCAUCCGGGCAGGUGGGGGCCUGUAUCCGGGCAGCAGGUACGGAAACAGGGAAGGGGUUGGUUGUGACUUUUUAGGGAGGGGCUAGAGAAGCAGUGAUGAAUGAUUGAGUGCAGAGUGGGGUCAAAAUGGGCAGAAAUGGCGUUUUAUGUGCUUGUAUGGCUUUUACUUUUGGUCCAAGCUUUCUUCUGAUAAAAUAUGGGGGUAAAAAGCAAAAUAUGUUCGUUCAUGACUUUAUUAGUGGGAGAUUGAGGGGUGAUAAUAUAUUGUCUUUUACAGUUUACUUUACUAACAAAGCUGUCAUUGGUGUCUGGCAUUCUGUAUUUUGUAUUUUGAUGCCAUAUAGAUUAUAGAGUAGCAACUAGCAAAGGGUAUUGGGUUAUUUUCUGGAGUAGCUCCAUUGUACAUAACUACCCCUCCAUUAGGUUUUCAACCUGUAUCUAUAAUUUUGGCUCUAAUGAUUUUGUGGCAAAAUAGAUCAACAUUUUUCAAUCAUGCACUUAUUUUGUUUCCUAGUGAUAUUAAUUACAUAAAUUUCAUUGAUUUUCUACCAAAUUACUCAAAAGGAACAUCAGCCAGUGUAAUUAGAACAAGAAUCAACAUGCGAAUUCCAAUAACACCCAAAUGGAUACUAAGUCUAUACCAAACUGUAUUUGAUAAGAACAAAUGAUAUUUGCAUAUAAGCACAAAAUGAAAACUCAUAAUUCUUGGGGAUAAUGCACGAUUUAGAACCAAGGAAGCACAAUGACACUUCAGCAUUUCUGAUAGUAUCAAAUAAAGAACAUCUACAAUUUGCUUGAAUAGUAGUUUAAUGACAACAUGAUACAAUGAUUUGCGAAACCAUUUCAAAGCAACUUUCUUCAAGCGGAGGGCCAACACAAGAUACAAUAAUUUUCGAAACAAAAUAAAAAAAUAUAUCAUCCAGAGACGUAAGAAGUUCAACAAAAAGUGAAAACCGUAAUUAAGAGAUCGUAGCAUUACAAUAGAAUCACAUCAACUCAAUUAUACGACAAUUUCAAGAAUAACAUCGAAAACUCACAAGUACAUACUUUUUGUUCUUGGAUUCUGGAUAGGAUCACCAGAUGGGAAGAACGAUUUACACGGGGAGAUCCUCGACGGAGGUGGGGGUGUGUGCGGAACUAUCGGAUGCUGGAAAUUGGAUAUUUGUUUGCAUGAGAGGACGAUCUUUGGCUUCUUCUUCGUUCUCAUCGUCGGAAUCGGAUGUAUUCAGGUUGACGCAGGAGAAACGUUCCAGCGAUGCGAAGAACGCCGAUGCCACGUUGUUGCCGACCCAACAGGCUACUCCUUCGAGCUUUUCGUACGACAAGAUACUCGGAUUCUCCAUUUCUCCGAUCUGUGUAUAUUGACUUUGAUCUGGUCUUCUUUCUGUCCUAAUUUGAUUACGACAAUGCAAACCCUAGAACACAAGGGGAAACUUACAGCCUACAGAGAGAGUUUGUGGAAA